AUGGUAGGUGUCAAUCAAUCCAUCAUCAUCCUUCUUCAUCAUCAUCAAUCCACUCGCCCAUUCGUCCAAGUUUACAACGGUGACAACAAGAUUGCCAGCAAGGUUAAGCUGCCAGCCGUCUUGACUACCCCAAUCAGACCAGACCUCGUCAACUUCGUUCACACCCAGGUGAACAAGAACUACAGACAGCCAUACGCCCCAUCCAGCCACUCUGGUGAGCAGACCUCUGCCGAGUCCUGGGGUACUGGUCGUGCCGUCGCCCGUAUUCCACGUGUUGGUGGAUCUGGUACCUCCCGUUCCGGUCAAGGAGCUUUCGGUAACAUGUGUAGAGGUGGUAGAAUGUACGGACCAAACAAGGUCUGGAGAAAGUGGAACCGCAAGGUCAACGUCAACCACAAGAGAUACGCCGUUGCCUCUGCCCUCGCUGCCACCGCCAUCCCCGCCCUCGUCAUGGCCCGCGGUCAUCAGAUCUCCCAGAUUGCUGAGGUCCCACUCGUCGUCGCCAACUCUGUCAUCGACUCCCUGACCAAGACCAACGCCGCCGUCUCCCUCCUCAAGAAGCUCAACGCCUACUCUGACGUCGAGCGUUCCAUCAACUCCAAGCACGUCCGUCCAGGUGCUGGAAAGUACAGAAACAGACGUUACAUCAUCAGCCGCGGUCCAUUGAUCGUCUGCUCCGGCAAGACCCAGAUGUCCCAGGCAUUCCGCAACUUGCCAGGCGUUGACAUUGCCAACGUCUCCCGUCUCAACCUUUUGAAGCUCGCACCAGGUGGUCACCUCGGUCGUUUCGUCAUCUGGACCCAGUCCGCCUUUGAGCAGCUCGACUCUGUCUUUGGCACCUACUCCAAGAACUCCACCCAGAAGUCCAACUUCCGUCUGCCACGUCCAGUCAUGGCCAACGCCGACGUCCAGCGUCUCGUUGCCUCCGACGAGAUCCAGACUGCCGUCCGCAAGUCCCAGCACAAGAUCCGCAAGCCAAUCGUCAUUGCCAAGCGCAGAAACCCAUUGACCAACUUGAAGCAGAUGCUCCGUCUCAACCCAGCCGCCGUCCACACCAGACGCCACAACGCCGGCAAGGUCGUCGCCAAGAAGGUCCACACCAAGACCGACACCACCGCUCGUCAGGCCUACAUCAAGCAGACCUUUGCUUAA